AAAGAUUUGAGCUUUUUUUUUUUUGUCUCCUCAGACGUGGUGGCUAACAACAACGACAGAGAACCAUUUAUAGAGCUUCAUGUGGUGAAACGAAGGAUUUUCCCAAGUGGGUUGCACCUGAAGAUCACAGGUCCAUCGGAGAAUGGCACUGAACCAGGAUGAAAUAAUAGAAGGAAUGGAGAUUAAAAUGGAAGUGGAAGAAGUGGCAACCAAUUCUGAAGUGCAGGUAGAUGUUGCUGGCAGUGAAGAGUCAGAUAAAGCCUUGUCCAAUAGUAAUCCCUCAAUACCUAAGAGGGGGCGGGGUAGGCCACCCAAAUAUGGAUCAGUCUCCAAGUCAGAUAAAUCCUUGUCUAAUGGUAAUCCCUCAAUACCUAAGAGGGGAAGGGGUAGGCCACCCAAAUAUGGAUCAGUCUCCAAGUCAGAUAAUGCCUUGUCUAAUUGUAACCCCUCAACACCUAAGAGAGGUAGACCUAAAGGAUCAGUGUUUAUGAAAACCAAGAUGCUGAAGGUGAUCGGCCUCGCGGCGGCUUGCCUACCCCGAAAACCAGAUGACCCCUCCCCAAAGCGUGGCCGACCCCGAAAAAAGAAGCGUGGCCGGCCCAGUAAAGUUGAAUCGACAAGGAAGAGCCUAACACCCAAGGGGGAAGAGGAUAGAAAACUGGAAAGCCAAGCAAGGCGGCCCCCCGGAAGGCCGCGUAUCUAUCCACGCAUUGAUUCUCCAGUCACUGAGCCCAGGGGAAGAGGUCGCCCACGGAAAAGGGGCCGUCCCCCUGGUGCAGCAAACAAAGUUAAGAGGGGGGCAGAGCAGGAUAAGGACAACGGUGAACCUCCAGUCAAACGCUCCUUCCACGCCAAAGAAAAAAGCAAGGAAGCAGGAUUUCCACCAGUCGAAGAAAGUGAUCAGGAAGAUGAAACGGAGAGGGUGGAUCAAGAAAGUGAAAAGUGGAAGGUGGAAUAUAGAGAAGACCCCAAGAAUCCAGUUACCCCCAGUGACCCCACUAGCUUUCUCUGGGCAAGUCACAUAACACCUAACAGAGGUAGGCCGAAAGGAUCAGUCUCCAAGUUACUGGGUAGCCCCAUAACACCUAACAGAGGUAGGCCGAAAGGAUCUGUCUCCAAGUUACUGGGUAACCCCAUAACACCUAACAGAGGUAGGCCGAAAGGGUCCGUCUCCAAGUUACUGGGUAGCCCCAUAACACCUAACAGAGGUAGGCCGAAAGGAUCGGUCUCCAAGUUACUGGGUAGCCCCAUAACACCUAACAGAGGUAGGCCGAAAGGAUCUGUCUCCAAGUUACUGGGUAACCCCAUAACACCUAACAGAGGUAGGCCGAAAGGGUCCGUCUCCAAGUUACUGGGUAGCCCCAUAACACCUAACAGAGGUAGGCCGAAAGGAUCGGUCUCCAAGUUACUGGGUAGCCCCAUAACACCUAAGAGAGGUAGACCUAAAGGAUCAGUGUUUACACAACCCAAGAUACUGAAGGCGACGGGCGAGCCGCCGCGAGGCCAACCUCGAGAAGUGGUUGACCUCUCCCUUGAUAAGCAUGGCCGGCCCAGUAUAGUUCAAUUGAAAAGGGGAAGGCCAAAGAAAAGGGGAAGGCCAAAGAAGAUACUAACACCCGAUGAGGAAGAAGAGCUAAAGAAACUGGAAAGCCAACCAAGAAGACCAUGCGGAAGGCCACGUAUCUAUCCCUGCGAUGAUCCUCCAGUCACUGAGCCCAGGGGAAGAGGUCGCCGACGGAAAAGGGGCCGUCCCCCUGGUGCAGCAAACAAAGUUAAGAGGGGGGCAGAGCAGAAUAAGAACAACAGUGAACCUCCAGUCAAACGCUCCUUCCACACCAAAGAAAAAAGCGAGGAAGCAGGAUUUCCACCAGUGGAAGAAAGUGAUCAGGAAGAUGAAACCGGGAGGGUGGAUCAAGAAAGUGAAAAGUGGAAGGUGGAAUAUAGAGAAGACCCCAAGAAGCCAGUUACCCCCAGUGACCCCACUAGCUUUCUCUGGGCAAGUCACAUAACACCUAACAGAGGUAGGCCGAAAGGAUCGGUCUCCAAGUUACUGGGUGGCCCCAUAACACCUAACAGAGGUAGGCCAAAAGGAUCCGUCUCCAAGUUACUGGGUAGCCCCAUAACACCCAAUAGAGGUAGGCCGAAAGGAUCGGUCUCCAAGUUACUGGGUAGCCCCAUAACACCUAACAGAGGUAGGCCAAAAGGAUCCGUCUCCAAGUUACUGGGUAGCCCCAUAACACCUAACAGAGGUAGGCCAAAAGGAUCCGUCUCCAAGUUACUGGGUAGCCCCAUAACACCUAACAGAGGUAGGCCGAAAGGAUCGGUCUCCAAGUUACUGGGUAGCCCCAUAACACCUAACAGAGGUAGGCCGAAAGGAUCGGUCUCCAAGUUACUGGGUAGCCCCAUAACACCUAACAGAGGUAGGCCAAAAGGAUCCGUCUCUAAGUUACUGGGUAGCCCCAUAACACCUAACAGAGGUAGGCCAAAAGGAUCCGUCUCCAAGUUACUGGGUAGCCCCAUAACACCUAACAGAGGUAGGCCGAAAGGAUCGGUCUCCAAGUUACUGGGUAGCCCCAUAACACCUAACAGAGGUAGGCCGAAAGGAUCAGUAUUUACACAACCCAAGAUACUGAAGGUGAUCGGCCUCGCGGCGGCUUGCCUACCCCGAAAACCAGAUGACCCCUCCCCAAAGAAGCGUGGCCGACCCCGAAAAAAGAAGCGUGGCCGGCCCCGUAAAGUUGAAUCGACAAGGAAGAGCCUAACACCCAAGGGGGAAGAGGAAGGAAAACUGGAAAGCCAAGCAAGGCGGCCCCCCGGAAGGCCGCGUAUCUAUCCACGCAUUGAUUCUCCAGUCACUGAGCCCAGGGGAAGAGGUCGCCCACGGAAAAGGGGCCGCCCCCCUGGUGCAGCAAACAAAGUUAAGAGGGGGGCAGAGCAGGAUAAGGACAACGGUGAACCUCCAGUCAAAUGCAACUUUCACUCCAAAGACAAAACAGAGGAAGCAGGAUUUCCACCAGUAGAAGAAAGUGAUCAGGAAGAUGAAACGGGGAGGGUGGAUGAAGAAAGUGAAACGGGGAAGAAUAUAGAGAAGUCACCACGAAGCCAGUUACCCCCAGUGACUGUAAUAGCUUUAUCGGUGCCAUAAGCAGGAUAAUGUUUGGCGACAGCUCAGCCAGCGACGGUACCCCUUUAUCUAGUUUGUAAAAAUGUGUGUGCCAGUAUAGCCUGAUUUUUGAUAGAAAACUACAUGAUCAGAUGAGGGUGGCCUGUUAGGGUGAUCACUGUCAUGAACAUACACAGAAAAAAAGAAAGAAAACGCAGCUUGUAAAGUGUUGCUCCCAUGUUUCAUGAGCUGAAAUAAAAGAUCCCAGACAUUUUAAAUACGCACAAAAAGCAACUCAAAUUGUGCAAAAUGUGUGUUUACAUUCCUGAUAGUGAGCAUUUCUCCUUUGCUAAGAUAAAUCCAUCCACCAGACAUGUGUGCCAUAUCAAGAAGCUGAUUAAACAGCAUGAUCAUUACACAGCACAACCUUGUGCUGGGGACAUAAACGGCCACUAAAAUGUGCGGUUGUCGUCACACAAGUUGAGUGUGCAAUGUUGACUGCAGCAAUGUUCACCAGAGCUAUUGUCACAAUUUCAUUUUAUCGAUGGAAAUUUGAACGCACAGAGAUACUGUGACAACAUCCUGAGGCCCAUUGUUGUGCCAUGUAUCUGCCGCCAUCACCUCAUGUUUCGGCAUGAAAAUGCACAGCCCCAAGUCACAAAGAAAUGUACACAAUUCCUGGAAGCUGUAAAUGUACCAGUUAUUCCAUGGCCGGCAUACUCACCAGACAUGUCACCCAUUGAGCACGUUUGGGAUCCUCUGGAUCAACAACAUGUUCCAGGUCCCGCCAAUAUCCAGCAACUUCACACAGCCAUUUAAGAGGAGUGGGACAACAUUCCACAGGCCACAAUCAACAGCCUGAUCAACUCUAUACGAAGGAGAUGUCACGCUGCAUGAGGCAAAUACUGACUGGUUAUGAGCCACACCCCCUGCUUGUUUUAAAGGUAUCUGUGACCAAAAGAUGCAUAUCUAUUCCUAGUCAUGUGAAAUCCAUAGAUAAAAAAGGUCUAAUUCAUUUAUUUCAAUUGACUAAUUUCCUUAUAUGAACUGCACUUCAUGUUGAAUUUUUAUUUUUGUUCAGUGUAGAUAUUGCAUUCACCUUUUUAUGGGGUUAAAAUGGUUGUUAUUUAGACUGUGCAACUUUCAAUUCAACAUCCCUAAAAAUGUAUCCAUUAAGACGUACAGAUAUUCACUUCUGUGAGGGUUUGUUCACUAAUAUUAUCCUUGUAGUUUUCUUAACAUUACUCAGAUCUUUAGGAUUUAGACUUCUGUACUUUGUUGGCUGUCAGUCCUGAUAACUACUUUUUGAUUGUACCUGGGCCCGGUUUCCCAAAAGCAUCUUAAGGCUAAGUUCGUAGUUAGAGCCAUAGGAUCCUAUGGUUCUCAUGAACGUAGCCUUAAAAUGCUUUUGGAAAACUGGGCCCAGAGGAGUAACAUUUCAAACGGGGACAGCUUGUGUGAGAUUUUUCUAGGUUAGUCUCAAUUGAGUCUUCACAUUUUAGUCAACAUUUUCUAUAAUCAUGUUAUCGUCUGUCGGUGACAUUUUAAUGUCUGAGGGUAGUAUGAAUGAGUUGUUUUCAGUGACUAAAUUGUGUAAGUUUACUGCAGUAAAAUGUCAGACGUAUUACAUUUGAUGGUUUUUUAAAUCUCAAUAAAAAGCAAAAAAAAGUCAA